CAGGUACGUCUGAGUAUGACUACACUAAAGGAACAUGAAGAAACUGAAACCAACUUUCGCCCUCCUCAAAACAGGCGCCAGAGUAUCGCUUCUAGCAAACUCAGUGAUCCUGGCCCUGGCCAAGGCCAAGGUCAAGGCCUUAACCCAAUACUUGUCAAUCGUCGUUUGAGUCGUCGAGGGUCCAUGAUGGGUUCACAGAUCAUGUCGCUAUUGGCUCAUAGACGAAUGUCCCGAAUGUGGACUCAACAGUCUGACGACGGUCCAUCAAAAUUGCCCAAACAUGUUGAACCAACAUACAAACUUGAACCAGACGACCAGAAACGUUUUGCUGUAGCCAAAGUAGAAGCCGCUAUUGAAAGCAUCUUUAAUGUGUAUCUGGACGAUAAAGAAUAUGAUCCAACUACGUGUAAGGAUCUCGCCGUUGAUCUUGCUAACAUGAUUAAGAACAGGAUCAAAGAUUUUGAUUUCAAACGUUUUAGACUUGUCAGUCACGUUAUCAUUGGACAGUGCCAAGAUCAGGGAAUCGAGGCUACCAGUAGGUGCGUCUGGAAUACGAACACGGAUAGAUUCGCUUCUGUGAAGUAUAAGAACGCUACUCUGUUUGCUGUGGCAACAGUAUUUGGUGUAUAUUUAGAUUAACAAGAUUUGAGUCGAAAAAUAAAUGUAAAUAUAAAAAAUGUUUUCUUUCAUUUUGUGUUAUAUAAACUAAAUAUAUUAGAGUGCAAUAAAGACCCUCUGAGGCCAAUCCUGGGCAGCUUGGAUGAGUUCCUCUGAUUUUAGAAAGAAAGCUGAUUGGGGAAUAAAGAAGGUAGCACUGGCGGAUCUAGGGGCCUAGCGCCCCUCACUUUGGGCGGGCCCAGAAAAAAAUUGGGCCCAAAAAGGCCUUAGGCCUUAUUUUUUAAUUUUUAGACCAAAUUUAGAAGAAAAUGGGCCUCAAAAUUUCAGAUCCCAGAUCCGCCCCUGGGUGCAGCCUGCUGCUUGUUAUAUUUAUUAUGUUGAAGAAGUGGGUGUUA